AAUCUGGGGGGCAGCAGGCGAGCAAGCCGACGACGAGCAGAGCGCUGCGCGACACGGCGAGCCACUCCAAUUCAAAUCCCUCCGAACCCCACAGUAACCGCAGCGGCGGCGCCCGAACGCCGGCGGCGAGGGCGGUUCCUUGUCGCAGCCGUCCACCGUGCACCCCGACUCCCUAACCUGCGACACCGCUCAGCGUCUCUCCUCACCGGCGCCGGGUGCGAAGGCGGGAGUAGGGGCUAGGGUUCCUGUCGGCGCGGGGGUGGCCAGUCCGAUGGCGGCGGACACGGGCGAGCGGCGGAGGGUGGACGAUCUGAUCUCCUUCGCCCAGGACCUCGUGGGCAUGCUCCGCGCCAGCAACGACAGCGACGCCAACGCGCAGACCGGCGCCGGCGCGCGGAUGCUGCUCUCCGCCUGCCGAUCCGAUUCCGACGACCUCGAGCUGCAGAUGAGAGAACACCAGGAAAAGAUCCGUUCCUGCAAGGAAAAGAUAGACAAAGCAAAAGCUGAAACCGUUACUGAUGAUGAACUGAAUGCACUGCAAAACAAGAUGGAAGAAAAGCUCCAGGAAGAGAAACAGCUUCGCCAAGAAUUAAGAGAGUUGCAUGAUGAGCUUGAUAACCUAGACCGUCAAAGAACUUCGAUAGAGGAAAGAAAGGAUGCUGUCAAAAAGAAAAAGAAAGACAUGCAGAAGGCAGAACGCACGCUUUCCUUGUGUGUAUCAGUUACAAACAUCAUGCCAGAUUUUGAAGACCAGGAAAAGAUUUCUGGCUACAUUGUGGACAAGAGCAGGAAGAAGAUAGAGAAGUUCGAGUUUGACAAGACGACACCACCAAUCGAGAUCUGCGACAAGCUCUGGAAGAAGAUCUAGAGCGCGCGGAGCACCAUUGUUGUAAGGCGGCGAAGACUGCUGUAUAUUGUUGUAGGUGGUGGACCUCCCACCAGGAAGGAUGCAGCUCGCCAUGUUGUUUAAAUCAUUAGUUUUUGUGACAUUGUUGUGCUCUUCCAGUUAACCAUUCAGAUUAGGUCCUAGUUUGUGCUCGAUGGACACUUAGAUCUCACCAGACAUUAGCUGGAGAAGCAAGUCAUGUUUGAAUAAGUUCUAGAGCUGUUUUUUUUUUGUUGAAAUAAUGCGUGCUCGUUUAAAAGAAAUUGCUUCUAAUU